GGCGCUGGGUAUAUAGCCGGGUGGCCCGCGGGCCCCACUCUUUGAACGCUGUUCGAUUUUCCAGCGCCAACUGCGUGGGAUUCGCCUGCCCCUCGCCUCUUCGCUGCUGUGGGUCGAUUCCUUCUUUCUCCAGGAAGAAAAAUGGGAACUGUUGCAGUUGGUGCACAUCCGAGUGUGGUGACUAGGGUGGCCAACCUACCCUUGGUGAGUUCCACUUGUGACCUGGUAAACUCAGCUUACAUCAACACAAAGGAUCAGUAUCCCUACCUGAAGUCUGUGUGUGAUAUUGCAGAGAAGGGCAUGAGGACCAUCACAUCCGUGGCCUUGACAAGUGCUCUGCCCAUCAUCCAGAAGCUACAGCCACAAAUUGCAGUUGCCAAUACCUAUGCCUGUAAGGGGCUAGACAGGAUUGAGGAGAAACUGCCUAUUCUGAAUCAGCCAACAACCCAGGUUGUUGCCAAUGCCAAAGGUGCUAUGACUGGGGCAAGAGAUGUUAUGACAACCACUGUGACUGGGGCUAAGCAUUCUGUGGCCAGCACGAUCACUGGGGUCAUGGACAAGACCAAAGGAGCAGUGACUGGCAGUGUGGAGAGAACCAAGUCUGUGGUCAGUGGCAGCAUUAACACAGUCUUGGGAAGUCGGAUGAUGCAGCUGGUGAGCAGUGGAGUAGAAAACGCACUCACCAAAUCAGAGCUGCUGGUAGACCAGUACCUCCCUCUCACUGAGGAAGAACUAGAAAAAGAAGCAAAAAAAGUCGAAGGAUUUGAUAUGGUUCAGAAGCCAAGUUAUUAUGUUAGACUGGGAUCCCUAUCUACCAAGUUUCGCUCACGAGCUUACCAGCAGGCUCUCACGAGGGUUAAAGAAGCUAAGCAAAAAAGCCAAGAGACCAUUUCUCAGCUCCAUUCUACUGUUAACCUGAUUGAAUUUGCCAGGAAGAAUGUGCAUAGUGCCAACCAGAAACUUCAGGAUGCUCAGGACAAGCUCUUUCUCUCAUGGGUGGAGUGGAAGAAAAGCAUUGGCCAUGACGAGGCAGAUGAAUCCCACUGUGCUGAGCACAUCGAGUCACGUACUCUUGCUAUUGCCCGCAAUCUGACUCAGCAGCUCCAGACCUCCUGCCACACCCUCCUGUCCAACCUCCAAGGAAUACCUCAGAACAUCCAAGAUCAGGCGAACCACUUGGGGGUCAUGGCUGGUGACAUCUCAUCAAUGUUCCGCAAUGCUGCCUCCUUUAAGGAAGUGUCCACUGGCCUCCUCACUUCUAGCAAGGGGCAGCUACAGAAAAUGAAGGAGUCUUUAGAUGAUAUGAUGGAUUAUUUUGUUAACAACACACCUCUCAACUGGCUGGUAGGUCCCUUUUAUCCUCAGCUGGCUGAGUCUCUGAAUGCUCAGGCUGUAGGCAGGAGGCCCAAUAACCUGAGCAGAAAACAUGUCAAAUUUGUCCUUGUCACCAAUGCAUGGUGCAGCCAGCCAGAUGACACAUAUUAUGCUGAAAUUGGCCUGCUAGGCAAAUCUGAGUUGGGCAAGCAGGUAGCUAGAAAAAGGGUCUUUGACUAUAGUCAUUUCCAGCUGGAUAAAGAGCUUUAAAGUUUCUGGCAUUAGCAGAUAAGUUCUGUUGUUUACCUGGCUGGUAAGAAAAGGAUGAUAUAGACUUGUCAGAACCUAGCCAGCGCUUACUAAAAGCUCAAGUGCACUUACAAUCUCAUUUGGUGGGCAUAAUGUUGCCACUGUUACUGUACAUUUGUAUUAAAUAAAAACACCUCCAUGUGG